UAGACGAGCCAUAGAAACCAUCAAGCUGCUCUGGAUAUAAAGCCUGCAAGAAUUCCCUCUGAUCAUUUAUGUUUGUGCCUGCCGUUCACAACUGGAAAAAGUCCACGAGGAAACGACUGGGAUUCACAUAAACUGGUUGUGAAUAGUGGCCGAGAACUGCCAGAACACGGUCCACCGGCGAAGCAGUCUUUACACGCACUUUAGCUGGGUAUUUCGACCCAAAACUCGGGUGAGUGGUAACAGGAAAGACAAAGCAGAAACCGACCAACUGGUACUGAGCCCUUGCAGACCUAAGUCAACGGAGAAGCACCUUGGCUCAUUACUUCGGAAGGAUUAGAGCAUCUCACUCAUGGCUCAACCAAACCCCAACCGUCAGCAGCCACCGCAGUGGAUACACAUUCCUUAUAAGCCGCCUACAACCUCGUCCGGGACGGCUUCAUCUACAACAAGAACCUCUUCAUCAUCCAACCAGAGCGGUUCGGCGAACACAAUAGCCCCUAACCCGCAACCCCAGUACCCACCUGCAUUCACUAGGCGCCCGGAGUUGACGAUUCACCAUUAUCAACCGCCGUCUACAAAGACAACGGAAAGCCGAUAUCCUGUUACUGCACCCUUUCUGGUGCCUAGGAUGCCUCACCCGUGGCCUGCAGCCCUUGCACCGCAGCAGGCGCACCCCGUCGCCGAGUAUCCUGCACGGACCGGUCCUAGACCUUCGAAUGCAACUGGAGAGGGAAAGAAUAGUCAGAGUCGGAGUCAACAUAAAAAUGGUGCACCCCCAAGACGGCCUUAGGGGAUAGAGCAGCGUCUUUGAAAAAGCGAGACAACUAUCAACAACUGGACGGAGCACUAACGGUAUGAAUGGCGAAUAAACGGAGAU